AUGUCAGAACAGCAGCCGCUGCUUUCGUCUCAGUACGAGCCCGACGUCGAAAGCGGGGACGUCGUCCGCGACGACAGGCGAGAGAAACCCUCUGACUGGCGUGCGAGACUGGGCGAAUUCCUCGAGUCCCCGGCCUUCCACAAGGCGAUCGCCAUAGACGCCACUUGCGUGCUCGCAGACCUUGUCUACAGCUUUCUAUCACCGGGUUGUAUCCCACCGGAAGGCCCUGACGCGCCCCUCUGGCUCGACGUCUUAUCCCACAUCUCCCUCGCUAUCACCACCUUCUUCCUAAUCGAAAUUCCACUUGCCCUAUGCGCGUUCGGCCUCAAGUAUUACUACCCGCUCACAGGCGUUACACAUUCCACCCUGCAUCUCUUUGAUGCAAUUGUAAUCAUCGUGACCUUCGUUCUAGAAGUCGUCCUCAGAGGAAGGGAAAGAGAGCUAGCGGGUCUCCUGAUCAUUCUCCGUCUGUGGCGGCUUGUCAAGCUUGUCGGAGGAAUUGCCGUCGGGGCCGGUGAGAUCCAAGAAGACACAGUCAAGGACCUGCAGGAGACACGGAGCAGGUUAAAUGAAGCGCUGACAACGCUGGCUGACUUGCGAGCCGAAAAUGCCACUCUUAGGGCACGAAUAGCUUCUUUGGAAAGCCGAACGGAGUCUGAGUAACCCAUGCACCUUACAUCGUAACCGUGGAUGAAAGAAAACACUUCUAUUUGAUUAUGAUACAUUCGUAAUCGCAAUAUACACACGCAGAUAUCGACCCUAAUAAUACAAAAAAAUUAGCCCGGA